AUGAAUGUGCAACGUAUCUCUGUAAUGACUUUCAAUAUGUGGAAAGUCGAUGGUUAUCCAGGCAACUGGCCAGAUCGUCAAGUGCCAAUUCUUGAAUGUCUAACAACUUUUACUCCUGAUAUUCUAUGCGUACAAGAAUUACAUCCAUUACUUCAAGAAACUAUCCUUCAAGCAUUACCUUCUCAUACGUAUGUAAAAGAUAGUUUUGCUGGUUGGCAAACCGAAGGAAAUAUUUACUGGAAUUCGAAUCUAUUCGAAAUGGCUGAAUACGGAGCGAUUGAUAUCGGAAUGAUGGAACCACUACGACGAUUAUUUUGGGUCUUGCUGAAGCUGAAGACAUCUGAAGCUGAUACAACUCAACAAAUUCUCGUUUCGACUGCACAUUACACAUGGGAAGGACAUGCACAGGAGUGUACAGCUGAUGUGAAUCUGCGUAAACAACAAGCUCGACGUACAGUGGCUGCUCUGAAGGAUCUGCAAUUGAAGUUCAAUGAUCCUUAUUUAGCUGUCUUAUUUAUGGGAGAUUUAAAUGAAAACUUUCAUCCAAGACGUAUUUUACGUGAAGCUGGUUUUAAUGAUUGUUUCUAUGCCUUGCGACUACCUGCUAUUCCAACUCAACCACAGCGUCCAAGCAUUGCAGGUGAAGAUGCUCUCGCCGAUAGUACUUUAGAUUGGAUCAUGCAGAACAAAUAUGCACGUCCAAUCUUAGCUAAUGUGCUUCGAAAUCUAAUUUGUACAGGUGGAUAUUCCGUAUCUGAUCAUUGUCCAGUUAUGUGUAUCUAUGAAGUUGGCUUUCGGUCAUAA